GGCACCAUGACUGUCAUCACCCAAUAUCUCUUACUAAUUUUCUUCUGUUUCCUCUUGCCUGCACUCCUACUGAUAUUGUUUUUCAACAAGCCAACAACAACCGGCCGGCGCAGCCACCCUCCGAGCCCGCCCGCCCUCCCAAUCAUCGGCCACCUUCACCUCGUCGGAGGCUUCUUUCACAAAUCCUUGCAAAACCUCGCCACCCAAUACGGCUCUAUCUUCUAUAUCCGACUUGGUUUUUCCGACUGCAUCGUCGUUUCGUCGGCCGCCAUGGCCAACGAGAUAUUCAAAACCCACGAUCUUGAUUUCGCGCAGCACCCCAAGAUAACUUUCGCAGACGAAUUGCCCUACGCCAGGUGCGGAUUCUUCAGCGCCCCAUAUGGUGAUUAUUAUCGGUUCAUCAAAAAACUCUGCAUGACGGAGCUGCUCUCGCCCAGACAGCUUGAGCGGUCGCGGGUUGUCCGAGAUGAAGAGCUCGGCCGGUUUUUGCGAGGAUUGGUUGAGAGUGGUAAGAAAAAAGAGGUUGUGAACGUGGGUGCUGAGCUCAUGAAGCUCACAAACAAUACUAUAUGCACGAUGGCGAUGAGCACAAGGUGUUCGGAGAAAGGUGAUGAUGCUGACAGGAUCAGGGGGUUCCUGAAAAGCGCCUAUGAGAGCGGUUCCAAGGGGCCGGGGCUUAUUGGGGAUUCGUUGUGGCCGCUGAGUAGAUUGAUUUUUUGGUUCUAUAAAAAGGAGAUCAUGGAUAAUGUCCAGGGGGUUGAUGAGCUUCUGGAAAGAAUGUUGAAGGAGCAUGAAGAUCAGAUUGGGAAGAGAGAGAAUGAAGAUUUGAUGGAUAUAUUAUUGAAGGUGUACGGUGAUGAUAAGGCUGAAGCCAAUAUCAUGAGCAGAACCCAUCUCAAGGCUUUUUUGCUUGAUAUUUUCGUGGGAGCCACUGGUACCUUAGCAGAGGCGAUCAUUUGGGUAAUGGCUGAGCUCAUCAACCAUCCAAGUGUAUUCCAGAAGCUGAGAGAAGAGAUAAGAUCGGUUGUUGGCGGCACUAGACUGGUCGAGGAAUCUGAUGUCGCAAGUCUCCCCUACUUGCAAGCAGUUGUAAAAGAAACACUAAGACUAUAUCCGCCAUUACCUGUGACAACAAGAGAAUGCCGCCAAAGCUGUCAAAUAGGAGGCUAUGACAUCCUCCAAAAAACUGCGGUGGGAAUCAAUCUGUAUGCCAUAAUGAGAGAUCCAGAGAUAUGGGACAACCCAAAUGAGUUCUUGCCAGAGAGGUUCAUGGUUUCUGACGACACACAACACAAAAACAUGGAACAUAAACAAGAUCAUGGCAUAGAAACUUUUCUUACUUUUGGUGCGGGGAGGAGAGGCUGCCCUGGCUCAAGGCUGGGGUUGAUUAUGAUGCAUUUGACAGUUGCAGCCAUGGUUCAAUGCUUUGAUUGGAAGUUUUGUGGAGACGUACACAACGGUAAGAUUAAUAUGGAAGUUGGGAAAGGCAUUUUUAUACACUUGGCUCAACCAUUCACAUGUCUUCCGGUUGUUCACUUCAACCCCUUUGCUGCUUCCAUCUAAAUUAAUCCUACAUUUUCUUCACCUUCACUCCACUUGAUGCUUAGAAAUAAGAGCAUAUGUACACACACAUGCAGGAUCAUAUAUGCUUUACAGUUAUUCUGCUCGAUCUCAAUGUAUACGGUCUGUUUGUAUCAAGAACAACUUUCAGUUGCAUUAUGCCAUGUUUAAUAUAUGUUAUUGUUAAACAUUCGCAGGAAUAGUGCAUUUAUAGAGCACUACUUUCUGCAUAAUUUGCUUUGACGGUGUAACAGAGUCUUUUAUUUUGAGUCCA